AAGUUAAAACAAAAGGAUAGGGGCUUUUUAUCCAAACCUGAGGGAUAGCAGCUUCAACUCUGCCAAUGGCUUUAACCCUCUUCACCCCCUCUUCACUCUGUUCUUCUUCUUCUUCUCUCUUUUCUGUUCCCGUCAAAUUUUCCCUAACCCCCCAAACCAACAUCUCUCUCCGGUUCACUAAAACCAAAAGCCCUCUUCCACAUAGAAGACGCUUCAAUGUCAUUGCCAUGGCUCCCCCUAAGCCCGGUGGCAAAGCCAAGAAAGUUGUGGGAAUCAUAAAGUUGGCUCUGGAAGCUGGGAAAGCCACUCCUGCUCCUCCGGUUGGACCGGCUCUCGGUUCAAAGGGUGUCAACAUUAUGGCUUUUUGUAAGGAUUACAAUGCCAGGACUGCCGACAAGGCCGGUUAUGUCAUUCCUGUCGAAAUCACAGUAUUUGAUGAUAAGAGCUUUACUUUCAUAUUGAAGACUCCACCUGCUUCGGUUCUACUACUUAAGGCUGCCGGAGUGGAAAAGGGUUCGAAAGACCCGCAGAUGCAAAAAGUAGGUAAGAUCACGAUUGACCAAUUGCGAGCAAUUGCUACUGAAAAGUUGCCAGACUUGAAUUGCUCGACUAUCGAAUCUGCUAUGAGAAUAAUAGCAGGCACUGCAGCAAAUAUGGGAAUUGAUGUUGAUCCUCCUGUUCUUGAACCCAAGAAAAAGGAACUUGUGUAAUAAGAUCUUAUUUUUGGCUAAGAGUUUGAGAAUGCUUAGGUUGUUCCUGUACACUGUCUUUCUUUCUUUCUUCGAGAACAACAAAGAAAACAUCAACUGGUUUUUAUUAUUUUGUAUUACUUAAAUGUAUGCCCUCGUUAUAUAGUUAAAUUUGGAAAAGCUUUCGUCAA